GAUUUCUUAUCUUGGAUUGAUUCCUGCAGUUCUUGUCGGUGACUUUUGGAAGAAUGGAUUCUUCCAAAAAGUCAACCAACCCAAAGUUGUCUGAAAGUGGGACAAAAGACAAUCGAGGAAACUCACAAGAUGGUCACAGGAAUAAGAGAGCACGAACAAAGUCUUCCUCGAGACUUUCGAGUCAAGGCUCCAUUGUAUAUUAUUGCAAUUAUUGUAAAAGAGAUGUGAGUAGAGUAUUGCAUAUUCGUUGUGCAGAGUGUCAGGAUUUUGACUUGUGCGUCGACUGCUUUUGGAAUGGCCUUACGCUGUGGCCACACCGUGAAGAUAGUCCAUAUCGUGUGAUAUCUCCCAUUUACUCUCCCUUAUACUGCGAAGACUGGACUGCUUUAGAAGAGGAAUUUCUUUUGGAUGGCCUGGAAAGAUUCGGGUUGGAUAACUGGACGGAAGUUGCUCAGCAUAUUCAAACAAGACACCCGUUGGAGACCAGAGCGCAUUAUGUUCGUACUUAUUUUAAUAGCGAAUAUUCACCUCUACCCGACCCUAAUACUGUUCUUUCACGGGAUAACACUGAUUAUUCUAUUUUUGUGACGGAUCCAGACCCCAAGUCAUUGCGUGUUAUGCAUCAUUAUACGGAGGAUGACAAUGCAGGUUGGAUGCCUAAACGAGGAGAUUUUGUUUAUGAAUGGUCAAAUGAAGCGGAAGAGAUUUUAGCAGAUAUGGAAAUCUCUCCCAACGAUAACAACACCGUUAAGUUGAACUCUUUGCAUAUGUCGAUAUUUGUUUUACUAACUCGUGCAAAGGAGAAGGAGAUAAAACUGCGACUUUUAGAAAUAUACAAUGCGAAAUUGGAUGAAAGAGAAAUGAGGAAGGAUUUCCUUCUAAAGAGAGAGCUGUUGGACACGAAAAGACGGGAAGCCCUUAUGAACAGCCUAAGUUCAUAUGAACGUGAACUAUAUGAAAAGCUGUGCGUUUUUGCUCGUUUUAUGCCACAAGAGGAUUUUCUUGAGUUGAUAAGAUCAUCUUCAGAAGAGAAAGAACUAAGAAGUCAAAUUUCCGAUUUACUACCAGUUCGACUCGCUGGAGCAAAGACAAUGGAAGAGUACAACGAGAUAGAGCCGAAGCAUUUAUCAACUCUUGACUUGAACCAGUCAGAAAAGGGAAAUUUUGGAGAGGAUAUUAGUCGCCCUGAAGAAAUGGAUGGAGCCGAACUGCUGUCAACCACAGAACUAACGCUGUGCAAGAAUUUAAAAAUCUGCCCCCAGCAACUUUUGAUUUUCAAGGAACAUCUUAUCCGUGAAUCUGCCAAAGCAGGUUUUUUACGAAGGAAAGAUGUCAAAGACCUUAUAAAGUACGAUACAGUUAAGGUCCUUCGAGUGUACGAUUACUUGAUAGCUUGCGGUUGGGUUAAUCCAGAACCUCCCAGUGAUACAACAGCUCCACAAGUGGCAGUGAACGUCCACGCUGGCAAUGGUAGUUCUAAAUAGUGCGACCAAUUUUGGCUUCUUCCGUAAAAAAGGUUUCUUGGAACGAAUGUGAAAUAAAUAAGACUUUUGUUCC